GUUUUGACUGAAAAUGCCGUCGGUUUCGAAAACGGCGGCGAGCGCUUCUGCCCAAACGGAGAAACCAGCCCACUACACCUAUCUAAAGGAAUUUCGUACGGAGCAGUGCCCGCUGUUCUUGCAACACAAGUGCACCCAGCACAGACCCUACACUUGUUUUCAAUGGCAUUUCCUGAACCAGAGGAGACGCAGACCGAUCAGGAGGCGAGAUGGGACCUUUAACUACAGCCCAGACGUGUAUUGUACAAAAUACGACGAAACAACAGGAAUCUGCCCGGACGGAGACGACUGCCCCUAUCUACAUCGAACGACAGGUGACACAGAACGAAAGUACCACCUGCGCUAUUACAAGACUGGCACUUGUAUCCACGAAACAGAUGCCCGGGGGCACUGUGUAAAGAACGGGCUCCACUGUGCCUUUGCUCAUGGCCCACAUGAUCUUAGACCUCCAGUAUACGAUAUAAGAGAGCUGCAGGCGCAGGAGGCUCUGCAGAACGGGCAGCUUGGAGCUGGGGAGGGGAUUCCAGACCUGCAGCCGGGAGUCCUGGCCAGCCAGGCAAUGAUUGAGAAAACCCUCAGCGAGGACCCCAGGUGGCAGGAUACCAACUUCGUGCUGGCGAACUACAAGACUGAGCAAUGCACUAAACCCCCGCGCCUCUGUCGCCAGGGGUAUGCCUGCCCACACUAUCACAAUAGCCGGGACAGGAGGAGAAAUCCGAGAAAAUUCAAAUACAGAUCGACGCCGUGUCCUAAUGUGAAGCACGGGGAUGAGUGGGGAGAGCCCUCCAAGUGUGACAGCGGAGAUCAAUGUCAGUAUUGCCACUCGCGCACUGAACAGCAGUUCCACCCCGAGAUUUACAAGUCCACAAAAUGCAAUGACAUGCGCCAAACAGGAUACUGCCCACGUGGUCCCUUCUGUGCCUUUGCACAUGUGGAAAGAAUCCCCUCCACAGAAGAGACCAUGAGUUCGUUGCUCAGUGUGAUGCAUAGUGGAUCCCAGCCCAAGACAGGCUCUCAGCACUGUACAGACAGCACAGUUAACGACUGGGAGAGCAAUGCAGACUGUUUCAGCAGCACUACUAACAAUGGCCAAACCGGAAAUGUUUCAUGCUCUAGUAGUCCGACUGUAACAUCGAGCUCAUUAUCCCCUAUUGGACCCAUCAGCAGGCCCAAAUGCUUUACUAGUGGUAGCUUAUGUACAGAGUCCACCACGCCCAGUGUCUCUUCUCCAACGUCUAGCCACCCAAAAGAGCCUGGCUUUGAACGCGAGGAUCAGGCAAAGAAUCUGAAGAGUCACCCACUGGACGGUAAUCAGAAAUUAAAUGACCAAGAAAAACAGAACCUUAUUAGUGUUUUUUCAGCGGCUAACCCCCUGGCUUCGAGUAUCACAUCCAGUAUUGCUUCAAGCCUGGCCUCUAGUAUUGGCUCCGACAGUCCCUCCCCCACGGCGUUGUCCACGAUGAAUGCCAAAGCUACACCGUUCUACCCAGGUAGUAAUACAGUUGAAUCAGUAAUAGGUUCCGCUCUUGACCUGAAUUUUAGUGACAUAAAUGUAUCGUUUCUUGAUAAAGAAUUAGAAAAACAAGAAAACGGUGACCUAGGAUUAAGAAACCAGAGGUUAUUAGGAGGCUCCGCCCCGGUGAAUAUCCCCGGCUCUCUUGCUCGUUCCUCUUCUCUGCACUCCUCGUCCUCCCUCUCUGCCUCUCCGCUGAACUCUCUGUCUCAGUCUCUCUCCCAGUCUCUGCUCUCCUCUGCAAUGGCUCCCCACCAGCUGCAGCCCCAGCCAGCCAUGUCCGAGCACGGGCUCCUGGGCACAUCAGCCGGCUCCUCUCAGAACUCCUUAGGUUUGAAUGGUGGAACUGGUAGUAUUUGGGAUUUUGUCAGUGGAAGUUUCUCUCCCAGUCCAUCGCCUGUGUUUAGCAAUGUUGCUGCUGCAACUCCGGCCACCAGCACCGCUGAUCUGGCAAGGUUGCAAAAGAAACUGGAUGAGGCUAAAAGGAAAAUCAAGCAGUGGGAGGAUUCAUGGCAGCAGGUCAAACAGGCUUGCAACGCCUGGCAAACAGAAGCCCAGGAAGCGAAAGAUCAAGCGAAAUCUGCUGAAGCCGAGAGGCUGCUCGCCUUCCAAAAGAGGGAUGAUGCCAAGCGCAAGCUGAAAAAGCUUCAGGAGGACUUUGAUGCAAUGUGCAGGUCGCCCGGUAUGCCCCUUCUGCGGAGUUACGGAGACAUCGACAAAGUCCCUUUACCAAAGCUUCACUCAAUCCAGCGUCAGCUGAGAGCAGACUUGGACUUGGUAGACAGGGUGAUAUACCAGCUUCAGUCAAAGAAAUGUGUAGCAUGCCAAAAGCAUGACCGCCAUGUCGUUCUGCAGCCUUGCCAGCAUUAUGUACUCUGUGAGAACUGCGCACCUAGCAAAACAGAGUGUCCUUUCUGUAACACAAAAAUAAUGAAGUGGUGAGAGAGACACAUUCAAGAUACUAUUCUGGUGAUAUAGACACAUUCAAGGUGCUGUUUUUGGAUCCAGCCCUUUUAAAGAACUACUGAUAUAUUCUGCUAACAGUUUAAAAUAUAGCAUUUUCUUUUGUGUUUCACUAUCUCAUAUAGUAAUUCAGUUGCUAGAUAUAUUACAAAUAUUGGAAUGGUGUUUGACUGGUACAAUUGUGGGAAUUUAAUUCCCAUAUUAAAUUUUUUUUUUUUUUUUGUAUUUUAAAGUUUUGCUUAUUCUCGUCCUUCCUAAGUUUCACAAGGCCUUCUCUCUUUAUAAUCCUGGUUUGAAAGGAGAGCUAAUCUUUUCCUCAUAUUGGCAUUAGUGGAGAUCCCACUUUUAUCUAUAGAUAAUUUGACAGAUUUUUACAGAGGUUGAAAAGUUGUUUUUGCUUCCUUUUACCUAAUCAUUUCCUGUUCUGUAGGUCAGUCUCAUGCCAUUUAUCCAGUUGCAAUUGUACCAGCACGUUAAGUUACAAGAAAGUAAUCUCUAAGGCUGGUUUCAAAGACCUUCAUUAGAACUGAUUGAUUCUAAUCGGGGCUUGUGAAACCAACCGAGGUAUUUGGCAUAGGAAAUUAAUUUUCAAAGCUUUUGUUUUUUAUCACUCUGUCUGAAUGUAUCGGUCAAAUACUAAUUUACUAGUUAUGUGAAGAAGUUUAAUUUCUUGUAAAAGCACUUUGUAAAUCUGGGGAUUUGUUAGAUGAUUAUAGAAUUAGAUUUAAGCUGCUUUGUAGUAUUCUUGUUACUUUUAGUUUUUUCUAAAUACGCUAUAAUAUGAAGCUUUGGUUGUGUACUGUGAAACGUAAUAGAAUAUUUAAGAUUCAGUCUCUUACUGUUAAAUCAUGGUAUAGUUAAAUAUAUUGUUAAAGAUUUAAUAUUCUAAAAAAAAAAUAGUACUUAAUAAAAAAAAUAUGAAUUAGUAUUGUUGAACUUUCUUAGGAUUUUUACAUUUUUUUUAAAAUUUAAACUUAAGUGCAAACUUUUAAUGCUCCUAAGCAUAAACCAGCAGUUAGAAUGAUAUCAUAAAGGCACAUACGCGAACAAUGCAUUUAGGAAAUCUGUUGCCAUUUUUAGUUCUUGUUUUUCUUUAUCGUUUGUUUUGUUGGAGGAAUCUGUUUGCUGCAUGUACCAACCCUGUGGUAUCGCGUGGCUGUAUUUUCUUUAGAGACUUUGUUUUGUAGAACUCCUAGCCUCUCGAAACUGUUAAGAGUGUAUCCGAUAUGUGGCCACUCAAACCCAAGUGCCUUGCGUAAAUAAUAAUAAUAAUAAUAAUAAUAAUCUUCAGCGUCUGUGGCUAAUGCAAGAUUGCAGUUAAAUUGCUACAGUUGUGAACAAGCAAAAUCGGGACAAAAAUAAAAUUCUAGAUUUUUUUUUUCUUUUCUUUUGGUAAAUAAAUAAAAGAAAAAAAACACUCAUGAUUUACUGAAAAAAGAAUCAUGAUUUUAACACACAGCACUUAAUCAGAAUCGGGCAUCCCAUUGCAUAGCAGUUUGAGCCAAUCCUGGUUUUGUUAUGAGUUUUAUACUGCACUGCAUCUAAUCAGGCUCGUACCAAAACCUGGAAUGGGUGAAACUUCUGAGCAAUAAGAGUCUUCUUUCCAUCUCUGAGACUGUUGGUUAAGUGAUUGCUUGACCUGACGGCAAGCUUAAUAUCGUGUUUGAAUUUCCAGGUUUGUUUGUCAGGCAAUGGUGCUUUUUCUUUUUUUUGGUGCUUUUGUUAAAUUUUUUUUUUUGAGUAGCUACAGUAUCGAUUCAAAAAGACGAUCAUGUUUACUUUAUCUGGUUAGGAGUAUGCAAUUCAGGAAAACCUUUACUGUAUCUAUGAGAACUGACUCUGUUUGCUAAACUGUUGGUAAGUGAUGAUUCUUGGACUGUAAUUGCAGAAGAGAUCAGUGCCGUUAAUAUGUAAACUGUGUUGUCAAAUACAACAGUGUAAUGCGCUUAGGUUAAACUAAUUUAAAUGACCUACUACUGUGUUCGCAAGAUGUAUUUGUGUUCAUAUUCUGUUGUGUAUAGUUCCAGUCCAUUAACAUUUACAGCAACGGGUAUGGUUAGCAGAAAACAUUUUGUGCUUAAGUUAAAGUUUACAAUCGGUUAAUGGGGCAGGCUUGCAUAACUCUGUGCUCUGGACAGUGUAUUUGAAUCCUAUUCAGUUUCGCAAAUUUACCUUGGAUUAGAGUGCAGGUAGAUCCACACACUCCCAGCUUGGUGGAAACGUGAAUCGUUCUUAACCCUUUCUCGCUCAUAUCAGGGGAGCUGACUAAAUUAAUAAAGCCCUUGCAAUUUUCAUUUCUAAGAUUCUCGUCCUGCAGAAUGGGGAAGGGAGGCUUUGUCUGCCAGGACCAUACCAUAAUUCACUGAAUAAUUCCAAACAAGCGGAUUGACUAUUCUAGUUGUAUUCAGUGUAUAUAUAUUUGUUUUUUAAACCAAAGGGGUCAAUUUUUGUUGCCCAUUUUCAGUAUUAAUCAAAAUUAUAAUAUAAAGUGGAGGGCAGAUGUGCCCUAUAGCCUGAACGUCUCCAAUUCGAGUCAAGGCUAUUCUAUUGCCGACCGUUGACGGGAGUUUCCAGGGGGCAGCGCACACUUGCCUGAGCGCCACGGGGGUGGGAGGUGGGGGGGGUUAGGUCAGCCAGGGUGUCCUCGGCUCACUGCAUACCAGCGACCCCUGUGGGCUGGCCGGGUGCCUGCCGUCUUGCCUGUAAUCUGCCCCGAGCUGCAUUGUCCUCCGACGCUGUAGCUUUGUGGUGGCUGCACGGUGAGUCUGCAGUGUGUAAAGAUGCUGACGGCACACGCUUCGGAGAACAGCGUGUGUUCGACUUCGCCACUCCUAAGUCAGCGCGGGGGUGGUAGAGGUGAGCUGACCUUAAAUAAUAAUUGGACAAUCUAAAUUGGGAGAAAAAUAAAAAUAAUUGGCAACUACUACACUUAAAAAUAAUUCUUGCAGUAGUUUCAUAUGUAGAGGUCACUUUUGUUUCCUACUUUAAAAAUGAAAACAGUUUCUGCUGAUUUUUGCUUUUGCUGACAAUAUUAAUGGCCUCCCUGUCAUCUGUAGUUUUUGCCAAAGACCUUUGCUGUUCUAGAAUAACCUUUUACUUUGUUUGUUUUUAACAUUCUAAGCAAGAAACAGCUAGAAAUGUAAAUUUUUGAAAAACGACCAAUCUUUAAUAUUGUGUUUUUAAAUUAACUUGAGUAUUUAUAAGAACUGUAUAACAAAACAUGCUUUUUUUAAAAUUAGAAUAUAGGAUAUGUUUAAAGGUGUGAAUAUUGAAUGCAAACAUUUCAACAACUGUACCCAAGUUUUAGUGAAGGAUUGUUUCAGAAAUGAAUGACAGUUGAGUUUGUAGUAAGGGCCCAUAAGGAUCAAUGCUUUUUUUUUUUAAUUGCUUAAGAAAUACAGUAGUGCAGUUCUUCUCUCUCUUCUUGUGCGCUAAGCUGUCACUUAUUGUAAGCCGCUUUAUCUAUUUUGAUAUGACUGCUAUUUGCUGUCAGGAGUAACUGUAUUUGAACUGUAAGGUGCGUGCCUUGGGUCUCCACUUGGUUUGUUGUAAAGCAUUCUUUGUUACCCUAUUCACCUUGAAAUAAAAAGGAUUGUAGUUGAUUUGAGAAAUUUUAAAAAGCAAAAUAUAAAAAAAGCACACAUCCCUAGCUGGUUUCAUUGCCAUAGUAUAUCUUGCCCUUGCGUAUUGCAUUGCAGCCACCCUGGCAAUUUUGCAGAGACACAAAGAGGUAUGAAUGUAGGUCACUUCCAAGGCAACACAGACACCCGCAUGAGAGACCCAUGCAGGUGCAAACCUACCGGUCUAAUACACCAGCUGAGAAUGGCAGACCUACUGUUGUGAUCACGCCACUUUCUCUUUUAAAGGCGCGGCAUUACUGUCGGCUCUGCAGCCAGUGUUAAUAUAAAGGUACAUCAUUGCAGUAGGUGUUUGCAUGCACUGUUUUUUGUUCACACAACAUUGUAGACGCUCCAGAUCAGCCUAUCGAACACUUGGAAGUGAUGGCCGUGUAUUCCCCAGAAUCCGUUUUUAAGAGAAGCACUCUUAGUGGAAUAUCAAUGGAAGCAGCUUGUAACUUUAAAUUCUAGAAGGUCUUACGGUUGGUUAAUCUGUGAUAGACUUGGACUUUCGUGUUGAUGUAUACUUGGUCAGACAAUGUUGUGUAAUUGGUUACUUUUUAUUUUUUAUUUUUUUAUGCAAUUCUAAAAAACAAAUGACUAUUUAUGCAUUGGAUGGAAUUUACCAAGAAUUUCCAGUAAUUUUAAAUGGAGAUAAAAUGUGAAAUAUUAAGUAAAAUAAAAACCAUACAGUUUAUUGAAACCGGUUUUAUAUUUUUGAGAGUUGCUUGGGGAAAACUUUUUAUAAUGUCAAAUCCAAUUUGCAUUUUUUUUUUUUUUUUUAAGUAUCCCUUUUUAACGUGUUAAUGAUCCACCAACCUCGAAUGUACUGUCAUUCACACACUGGAUGCAUGCCAAUCUGCAUUCUUUGAUAGAGCGUUGCUUUAUUCAGAUGUAGCGUUGGCUAGCUGUUUUAAUGUGAAUGCAGUUUAAGUUUGCAUAGUUAUCAGCCUGGGGACAAAACACACAUACACACAGAAAAAGAUACAUAUAGAGAUUUUUUUUUCUUAGGGUUUACAGUCUAAAGUAACUAUAAAAAAGAAAGGUGUUGCUUUCUUAUAGACUUGAAUCUGCAUUUUGUAGAUUUAUUUGCUUCAGAUUCAAUUGGAGUAGACCAUUUAUUGUAGAAGUUCAAACAUAUCCCUUAUUCUGUUAUGUAUUGAAAUAUAUAUUAGAGAGCGAGAGAUAGGAAGUAGCUCCUAUCCUAACUAGUAUUUAAGAGAAAUAAUACUGAUUGUAUAUUCAUUUUGUGUAUGUGUUGUAUGAACAAGACCUUAAUUGCUUAUUAGGAGAACUCUCCCAUGUUUUAAUGUAUGGAAACCUUUAUGUGGGGUAGGUGAGUGUGUAAUGAGAUUGAAGACCUGAAUGGAUUUUUUUUUUCUUAAAUGUAGAAGGUAUUAUUUAUAAUGCAUAAUCAUUUACUUGUGUAUUGUUUAAAAUUGUUAACACUUGUUACACUAUAGCAUUUAUGCAAUGGUUUACAGAAUUCAUGGAAUUAUUUUUAUUAUCUAUGGGAAUUAAAAUCAUUUUUUUGACCUGAAA